UGAAUCAAUGAUGUUGUUAUUAUAGCAACAGGAGAGCUGAUUGGUUGUUUUGGGCUGACAGAACCCAACCAUGGAAGUGAUCCAUCGGGAAUGGAGACGAGAGCACGCUACAAUCCAUCAACGAAAACAUUUAUUCUAAAUGGAUCAAAAACAUGGAUUACUAACUCACCAAUUGCAGAUGUCUUCAUUGUCUGGGCAAAGAAUGAAGAUGAGGGGGGAGCACUACGUGGAUUCAUCCUAGAAAAAGGCAUGAAAGGGCUGAAGGCACCAAAGAUUGAGGGCAAGUUCUCACUGAGGGCAUCAGUCACUGGCCAAAUUGUAAUGGAAGACGUUGAAGUGCCUGAGGAAUACAUGUUGCCAGAUGCCAAAGGCUUAGGGGGCCCAUUUGGCUGUCUGAAUAAUGCAAGGUAUGGUAUAGCAUGGGGUGCAUUAGGAGCUGCAGAAUUCUGCCUGGAAGCUGCUCGGCAGUACACCUUGGACAGACACCAGUUUGGGGUGCCCCUUGCUCGAAAUCAACUCAUACAAAAGAAGUUGGCUGACAUGUUAACAGAAAUCUCAAUAGGUCUGCAGUCAUGUUUACAAGUUGGACGUCUCAAGGACCAGGGAAUGAUUGCUCCUGAAAUGAUUUCAAUGAUCAAGAGGAAUUCGUGCGGCAAGUCUCUGGAUAUUGCUAGGAUGGCACGGGAUAUGCUGGGAGGUAAUGGAAUAUCGGAUGAGUACCAUGUGAUAAGGCAUGUCAUGAAUUUAGAAUCUGUUAAUACAUAUGAAGGUACCCAUGAUAUUCAUGCUCUGAUCUUAGGACGUGCCAUCACUGGUCUACAGUCGUUUACUGUCAACAAGUGAAACAGACAGCACUUGAUGUAGAAAAAGUACAGGACAUAGAUCUUCAUCUUAUCGUUGUCCAAAAACAUGCUAGAUACUUUGUUUCAGCCAGAGCAUCAUUCAUUGUACUCUGCCAGUGAUCCAAGUAAAUGAUCAUGUG